AUGCCGCGCCAGUUCCAAUUCAUCGCCGUGUCGAAUCCGACAGGCCCUGUCCCUUCGGAGUCGCGAAAGCUGAGCCAUUCGCACGUAACUCGUGAAGCCCAUGCCAAAGAAAGGCGUCUGAGGGUACAAAAAUACCGAAAAGAAAUGAUGCAGUCUCGCACCGAAGGCCUGGCGGGUGCUGAAACACCAAGCCCUCUGGUCCGGAUUGCUGAGCAUUGUAGCAGCCUCUUUUCAGCAUCGGCACCAUCUCUAUCCUCCCAGGAGCAUUUUUUGCUGGAUCAUUAUAUCCGAAUUGUCGUGCCCUACUCGGCCGUGCACUGCGGCUUAUUCGACUACCCCGGUGACCACGGCCCCGACGACCACACGAGGGAGAUUCUACAAGACUGGGUGGGUCUUGCCAUGACAGACAAGGAUCUUCUAGAUACGGCUCUCCUUCUCAGAGCGUGCCGGAGUAUUCUACGUAGCAAACCUGGCGAUCCAGUCAUGACGCAGAUGGCCCUCCAGUAUAGGCAUAGAGGCCUCCAAUCAUUACGGCAGGCACUUGUCAAGCCUGUCAGUGUCGUAACAGUCGCCAUGGCCUUUGCCCUAGUGUUUGAUGAGGAAGUGUUUGGUGAAAUCAGAAUAGCCCGACAUCAUCUACGAGGCGUGUUUUACAUGGCUGAACUCAGCGGAGGCCUGCAAAGUCUUGGCCUCUCAGGGUUGUUGGAGCGUAUAUAUUGGAGGUUUGUAACCAGAAGGGAACUCGAUGACGUUGAUUUGUUAUCAUUACUCAGCAACACGACAUCAUACGUUCAUGAUUCACCCAUCACCCAUUCAAUCCAAGCUCCCCUCGACCCUGUUAUGCCUUCCGUUGAAGCAACUAUUCCCUCCGGCUCCUUGGUCCUCGUGACCGGCGCCACAGGCUUCGUUGCCUCCCACGUCACCCGCCAACUCCUGGAGCGCGGCUACAAAGUCCGAGGCACCGUUCGCGACCUGGCUCAAGCUUCGUGGCUCAUUGACAACCAUUUCAAGUCGUAUUCAGAAAGUGGCCAUCUUGAACUCGUCGUCGUCCCUGAUCUCGUAGCCGAUGGCGCUUUCGAUGAAGCAGUCAAGGGAGUAUCGGCCAUUGCCCACAUUGCAACCAUCUCCAAUCUGGACCCCAACCCACACAACAUCAUUCCUCAAACAGUCACCGGCGCGACAAGUAUUUUGAAGUCUGCCAUCAACGAACCCUCAGUUCAACGAGUCGUGUUUACCAGCUCCAUCAUGGCUGCCGUCCUGCCAGUCGCUGGCAACGACACUCGGGUUGACGAUAACACUUGGAACGAGGCUGCCGUUGAAGCUGCUUGGGCCCCUCCUCCGUAUGAGCCGUCCCGUACCCUGAUCACUUAUGCCGCCAGCAAAGUCGCCGCUGAGAGGGAAGUUUGGAAGUUUGUCAAACAAGAAAAGCCUCACUACACGCUCAACGUCAUCUGCCCGUCGGGUAUAAUCGGCGAGCCCCUUCACAGGAAGCAUGCCGAGGCACCCACCAACUGGAUAGCCACGCACUUCAGGAGGGACAAGACAUCUCUGGAUGCAUUUCCUGCUGCAUUCUUUGUGGAUGUCAAGGACAUUGCACUCCUCCAUGUCGCAGCUAUUCUGGAUCCUCAGGUCAAGAACGCACGUUUGCACAGCUGGGGACAUAGCUCUAACUGGAAUGAAUUUCUUGCUGUCCUUCGAGAGAUCCGUCCCCAGAGGGAGUUUAUUGCCGACUACCCCGACCCUUACUACGUCACAAUCUCCACUGACCAGUCUGACUCUGUGGCCCUAUUGAACAGGUGGGCCGGUCAGGAAGGUUGGAGGCUGCGGAAGGACAGUAUCUCUGAGAGCAUCGAGAAUCCGCACUUCCAGCUCUAG